AUGAAGAUGACAAGUGUCCGCUGCAAGCUGGCCCAGUAUCUAGAGGACCUCGAAGAUGUGGACCUCAGGAAAUUCAAAAUGCACCUAGAAGAUUACCCGCCUGAGAGUGGCUGCAUCCCACUCCCCAGGGGCCAGAUGGAGAAGGCCGACCAUUUGGAUCUAGCCACACUCAUGAUUGACUUCAAUGGGGAAGAAAAGGCCUGGGCCAUGGCUGUGUGGAUCUUUGCAGCUAUCAACAGGAGAGACCUCUGGGAAAAAGCUAAGAAGGACCAGCCAGACUGGAGUGAUUCGUAUGCUUCUAAUCUCACCGUGAUAUGCCAGGAAGACAGCCUUGAAGAGGAGUGGAUGGGUUUGCUGGGAUAUCUUUCCCAGAUCUCGAUUUGUAAGAAAAAGAAAGAUUACUGUAAGAUAUACAGACAACAUGUGAGAAGCAGGUUCUACUGUAUCAAAGACAGGAAUGCACGUCUGGGUGAGAGUGUGGACCUCAACAACCGCUACACUCAGCUACAACUGGUCAAGGAGCAUCCGAGCAAGCAAGAGAGGGAGUAUGAAUUACUGACCAUCGGCAGGACCAAAACGUGGGACAGACCCAUAAGUUCCAUUAAGCUGGAGUUGUUGUUUGAGCCCGAGGAUGAACACACAGAGCCUGUGCACACAGUGGUGUUCCAGGGAGCAGCAGGCAUUGGGAAAACGAUACUAGCCAGGAAGAUUAUGUUAGACUGGGCAUCCAGGAAGCUCUUCAAAGACAAAUUUGAUUAUGUAUUCUUUAUCCACUGUCGAGAGGUGAGCCUCAGGACACCAAGGAGUCUGGGAGACCUGAUUGUCAGCUGCUGUCCUGACCCAAACCCACCACUGGGUAAGAUCCUGCACAAGCCUUCCAGGAUCCUCUUCCUCAUGGAUGGCUUUGAUGAGCUGCAAGGGGCCUUUGAUGAGCACAUUGGAGAGGUCUGCACAGACUGGCAGAAGGCUGUGAGGGGAGACAUUCUGCUGAGCAGCCUCAUCCGAAAGAAACUGCUGCCCAAGGCCUCUCUGCUCAUUACAACGAGGCCCGUAGCCUUGGAGAAGCUUCAGCAUCUGCUGGACCACCCUCGCCAUGUUGAGAUCCUGGGUUUCUCUGAGGCCAAAAGGAAGGAGUAUUUCUUUAAGUAUUUCUCAGAUGAGCUGCAGGCCAGGGAAGCCUUCAGGCUGAUCCAAGAGAAUGAGAUCCUCUUUACCAUGUGCUUCAUCCCCCUGGUCUGCUGGAUCGUGUGCACGGGGCUGAAGCAGCAGAUGGAGGCUGGGAAGAGCCUGGCCCAGACCUCCAAGACCACUACCGCCGUCUAUGUCUUCUUCCUUUCCAGCCUGCUGCAAUCCCGAGGGGACACGGAGGAGCACCUCUUCUCUUCCCACCUACAGGGGCUCUGCUCACUGGCUGCAGAUGGAAUCUGGAACCAGAAAAUCCUAUUUGAGGAGUGUGAUCUGAGGAAACACGGCCUGCAGAUGACGGACGUCUCUGCUUUCCUGAGAAUGAACGUGUUCCAGAAGGAAGUGGACUGUGAGAGAGUCUUUAGUUUCAGCCACAUGACCUUCCAGGAGUUCUUUGCUGCUAUGUACUAUUUGCUGGAAGAGGAGGAAGAGGGGGUGGCUAUGAGGAAGGGACCAGCAGGCUGUUCAGAUCUUCUGAACCGAGACGUGAAGGUUCUCCUAGAGAAUUACGGCAAGUUUGAAAAAGGCUAUCUGAUUUUUGUUGUCCGUUUCCUCUUUGGCCUUGUAAACCAGGAGAGAAGCUCCUACUUGGAGAAGAAAUUAAGUUGCAAGAUCUCUCAGCAAGUCAGACUGGAACUGCUGAAAUGGAUUGAAGUGAAAGCCAAGGCCAAGAAGCUGCAGAGGCAGCCUAGCCAGCUGGAACUGUUCUACUGCUUGUAUGAGAUGCAGGAGGAAGACUUUGUGCAGAGAGCCAUGGACCACUUCCCCAAAAUUGAGAUCAAUCUCUCUACCAGAAUGGACCAUGUGGUUUCUUCCUUCUGUAUCAAGAACUGUAGUCGGGUGAAAACGCUUUCCCUGGGGUUUCUCCACAACUCACCUAAGGAAGAAGAAGAGAAAGGAGGAAGUGAGCACACGGACCAGGUCCAUUGUGUUUUCCCAGAGCCCCAAGCUGCCUGCUCUUCCAGACUGGUGAACUGCUAUCUCACGUCUGGCUUCUGCCGAGGCCUCUUCUCAAGUCUAAGCACCAACGAGAACCUCACUGAACUGGACCUCAGCGACAAUACUCUGGGGGAUCCGGGCAUGAGGGUGCUGUGCGAGGCACUCCAGCAUCCAGGCUGUAACAUUCAGAGACUGUGGUUGGGGCGCUGUGGACUUUCCCACCAGUGCUGUUUCGACAUCUCGUCUGUGCUGAGCCACAGCCAGAAGCUGAAGGAGCUGGAUCUGAGUGACAACGCCUUGGGGGACUUUGGAGUCCGGCUUCUGUGUGUGGGACUGAAGCACCUGUUCUGCAGCCUGCAGAAGCUCUGGUUGGUCAGCUGCUGUCUCACAUCUGCGUGCUGUGAGGAUCUCGCGUUGGUUCUGAGCUCCCACUGUUCUCUGACCAGACUAUACAUCGGAGAAAACGCCUUGGGAGAUUCAGGAGUUCAAGUUUUGUGUGAAAAAAUCAAGCACCCUCAAUGUAACUUGCAGAAGCUGGGGUUGGUGAAUUCUGGCCUCACUUCCGUUUGUUGUUCAGCGCUGACCUCUGUUCUCGAAGCCAGCCGGAGCCUCACGCACCUCUACCUACGAAACAACACUCUUGGAGACACGGGGCUCAAGCUCCUCUGUGAGGGACUUCUGCACCCCGACUGCAAGCUACAGAUGCUGGAGUUGGACAACUGCAGUCUCACCUCACACUGCUGCUGGAAUCUCUCCAAAAUGCUGACCCACAACCGGAGCCUCCGGAAGCUGGACCUGGGCAACAACGAUCUGGGCGACCUGGCCGUGGUGAUGCUCUGCGAGGUUCUGAAGCAGCAGGGCUGCCUCCUGCAGAGCCUACAGUUGGGUGAAAUGUAUUUUAAUUAUGAAACAAAAUGUGCCUUACAAGCGCUUCAGGAAGAGAAGCCGGAGCUGACUGUCGUCUUUGAGCCUUCUUGGUAGGCGUGGGCACAGGACUGCCAGGCGCCACCGUCCUGCUCCGUGCCCUAGUGCACACCAUUCUUCAGGGUUGUCAGACCUGCCUCCACCAUCAGAACCACGGCCAGGGCUCUCCUAGCUCAGGGUCUGCAGCAAAGGCUCCUGUGGGAGCCAAGGAUGUUUCCCCAGUGAAGACACUGGUAAUGCGAAGAUGGCAGAGGAUGCGGCUCCGUCACGUCCUCAGCUGGCAAGGUGUUCCCUCUUGGUGACCUCAUGGAACGAACUCACAGAAACAUUCCGUCCUUUCCUCCGCUCAUGCUCUUCUUUUUUUCUUCCCCCACGUCUCUCCCCUUGUUUUCUUUACAUUUGUCCGUAUCCUUGUUCUUGGUCUUCUGUUAACUGACUGUACCAUGUAAGUAGGUGGCUGUGUGCUAAAUGGCAAGUUUGUGGUAACUACUCAUUUUUUUUUACUUUUUAAUAGUUAUGUUUUUUAUUUAGCUACCCAAAAGUCCAGAGAUUUAUAAAAAUCCAUUUUGUAUUUAUUGUAUUCAUGUACUACUUUCUUAAUUUAAAAAUGUACCUAGAAUUCUUUUAAG